ACAUCUAUGUGACACUUUUAUUACAUUGUAAAUACCAUGUAGGGUUUGCAAACGAUCCCAACGCUCUUGGUGUAGCUAAUUUUAAGUUUACAAAGAAAUAAUAUAGAUUUGCCAUUAACUUUCUUGCGUGAGCGUGAGAGUCUGAAAGCGCGAGUGUCACAACGAAUGCGUGAGAGCUGCUAAUUAAUCCUGCCAAUCACCCCCAUCUGCCUGCUAUUCAUGGGUUGUACAGUGUACUGGGAUAUGUAGUUUAUAGGCGUCAUUGAGACAGAGUGGAUACCAUCAGAUUAAGAGCAAUGUGACACAAACCUUUACAUGGAAGCAUUUCCGAUAAGCGCUUAUCCAACGCAGCAACGGAGCCGAUGCCAGGAAGCGUAGGAACCUGAGGAAGGAGAGGAAGCGAAGUAAGGAGAGGAAGCGGGGGAAGCAGAGGAAGGAGAGAAAGCGGAGGAAGCAGAGGAAGGAGAGAAAGCGGAGGAAGGAGAGGAAGCGGAGGAAGUUCUGGGUGGCAGGUGAGAACCUGCACAGGACGCGCGCUCACACACACUGGUGUGCCCAGGUUCUGUGGGCUGGUCUUCCACACACCCCUGUGGAAUGAGUCGGACAGGGUAUAAAACUGCUGACGGACGUUCUUGGGUCAGUGGAACCCCCCGGCUGUAUCACCUGCCCCAGCCUUCUUGAAACGGAGAACAUCCUGCUCAGAGAUGGCCCCAAAAAAGCCAGAGCCCAAGAAGGAGGCACCUAAGCCUGCCCCAGCCCCGUCACCUGAGCCUGACAAAGCUAAGGAGUCCGACUUUGACCCGAAGGACAUCACCAUUGAAUUUAAUGCAGAUCAAAUCGAAGAGUUCAAAGAGGCCUUCAUGCUGUUUGACAGAACCCCAAAGUGCGAGAUGAGAAUAUCGUAUGCGCAGUGCGGUGAUGUCAUGCGGGCUCUGGGCCAGAACCCCACCAACGCCGAGGUCAUGAAGGUUCUGGGAAAGCCAAAAGCAGAAGAGAUGAACAGCAAGAUGAUGGAUUUCGAGACCUUCCUGCCCAUGUUUCAGCACAUCUCAAAGUCAAAGGAAAGGGGCACACAGGAAGAUUUCAUCGAGGGGCUCCGCGUCUUCGACAAGGAGGGCAACGGCAGCAUUAUGGGGGCGGAGCUCCGUCACGUGCUCGUCACGCUGGGUGAAAAGAUGCUAGAAAAAGAAGUGGAGCAGUUGCUGUCUGGGCAGGAAGAUGGAAAUGGAUGCAUCAGUUAUGAAGCAUUUGUAAAGCACAUCAUGUCCGGCUGAACGAUAAAUAACAAAUAUCAUCUG